AUGGUAUUCACAAAAUUGAUGAGACCACUUUUGGGGAAAUGGAGGGCUAGUGGCAUUAACGUUGCCCUGUAUCUUGAUGACGGCCUCUUGUGGUCCAAUUCCGCACACAGGUGCGAAGACUCAGUGCAGACUGUGAGAGCCGACCUGGCCAGUGCCGGUUUUUCUUUAGCCGAGGAAAAAUGUGCCUGGACUCCGAGCCAGAGGCUGACAUGGCUGGGCCAUGUCAUUGACCUAGUAUCGAUGACCAUAAACGUCACUAGCGAGAGGAGGAAGAAAGCGAGAGCGUUGGCUGAGAGGUUGUUAGCGGCGAGGGGCCCAUCUCUGUUAGACAGAUUGAAAUGGCAAGGCACAGUGGCCUCCAUGCAUCUAGUAAUUCCUUCAGAUAAAAUGAGGAUGUGGAAAGUGGUAGUGUCCCAGGUGGCACGGCGGGAGAAAGAGGGCACGGCUAUCAGUUCCGAUGGUCCCUUUCCUCUCAGGAAAGAGCUGAAUCAAGGUUGGUUAAACUUUGAUUUGGAUUUUAAAGGCGCGCCCAUUUCUAAUGUUUCGCAGCUUUCUGACGCCUUGAGAGGCUUUUCGGACGCUUCAGAAUUCGGGGUAGGCGCGGUUUUGCAUCUAAGCGUGGGAAUAAAAAUGACAUCUUCCGGAAAUUUGCCGCUUGAACUAGUAGGGACUUCUACUACUGCUAGAGAACUUUACGCCAUCUCGUUUGGGCUGAGGUCGUUUCGCGAACACAUCAUUAGGGAACAGCUUGUGUGGCACUGCGAUAAUCAGGCAGCGGUCGCUAUUCUCAAAAAGGGUACCACAAAACCACGUCUGCAAAGUUUGGCUAAAGAAAUAUGGGAUUUUUGUGCGCAGUUCCAGCUCACAAUCGAACUUUCUUGGAUUUCUCGCGCAUUCAAUGAUGAAGCUGGCUCGGCCUCUCGUUUAAUUGAUCUGGAUGAUUGGAGCAUUAGCGACGAAAUUUGCUCUCAGCAGGAAAUGCCCGCUUUCAUUUCCAGGGAAGCCUGCUCUGAAGCAGUGGCGACGGACGCCUUCUCAGCAGAAUCAACAAUGUGGUGGAGAAACAAUUUUAUAUGCAAAGAAGCCAAUGGUCCGCAACCGAAGACUGAUGCUGUAUCUCGCAGGAUCAAGAAGCUACUGCAGGAGGCCGGAUUGCAAAGCAGAAGGCUCACCCCACAUUCGUUCCGCAGGGGUGCAGCCACAGAAGCCAUACGCGCAGGAAAGCAUCCCGAGAACGUCAUGCGAGCAGGCAGAUGGAAGACGGCAGAAGCUUUCCAAGCCUACAUCGACCCGACGCCCUUCAAAGAAGCCAAUGGUCCGCAACCGAAGACUGAUGCUGUAUCUCGCAGGAUCAAGAAGCUACUGCAGGAGGCCGGAUUGCAAAGCAGAAGGCUCACCCCACAUUCGUUCCGCAGGGGUGCAGCCACAGAAGCCAUACGCGCAGGAAAGCAUCCCGAGAACGUCAUGCGAGCAGGCAGAUGGAAGACGGCAGAAGCUUUCCAAGCCUACAUCGACCCGACGCCCUUGUAA